UAUGCGCUACCACGGCCCGAGGGGCAGCGCUGCCUGGUGAUCGCGGCGCGGGGCGCCACUUCCGCCCGCCUCCGCAACGGCGCGCUGCUGGAGCGCUUUGCCUCGCUGCUGCCAGGGGGCGGCCCCGGGCAGCGCAGCGGCGAGGACAGCUUCAGCAUCCUUGAUUGCGUGUACCACGCGCCAAACCAGACCUAUUAUGUGUUAGACCUGAUGUGCUGGAAGGGGUACAGCCUGUACUGCUGCUCGGCAGAGUUCCGCCUGUUCUGGGUGCAGAGCAAGCUUGAGGAGAGCGGCGCCACGGCAGCGCACCCCCAGCAGCAGCAGCAGACGCGGCGCUUCCUGCCGCUGCCGGCCUACCGGUGCACGCCCGGCGGGCUGCAGAUGGCGCACAGCCAGCCCGUGAGCUUCUGCCGGGACGGGCUGCUGCUGCUGCACAAGGAGGCGCAGUACAGCCCGGGCGGUACGCCGCUGGCACUGCUGUGGAAGGACGCCGUCAGCAGCCGAUACUUCAUUGACACCGAUGCGGCAGGCGUGCCGCUGGCGCAGCAGCAGGUGGUGCUGGAGUUCCGCAUGGACCGCACGGUGGCCACCCACGACGACACACCCGUGGUGCUGGGCCGCAUGCCGGAGAGCUUCGUGCAGCAGCUGGGCGACCGCCUGCGGCCCGGCAAGCUGAUGAAGUUUGGGAUCGGGCCCGGCGGCAUCGCGUUCCAGGAUGGGCAGCCGGUGGGGGCAGACCUGCACUUCACCGGCCCCGCCAACCAGCGCCGCGGCCGCGCUGACAGCAUCAGCAAGAUCCUGUUCCAGCACCUGGCCCGCACCCAGCCCAUCACCCUGCAGCAGCUGCAAGCGGCGGCCGCGGCCAGCGAAGCAGCGGCAGCAGCAGCUGCAGCAGCAGCAGCGGCAGCGGCGGCAGCGGCAGGAGGAGGAGCAGGCGGCGGCGGCGGGGUGGGCGACAAGAUGGGCAGCGGCGACAGCAGCAGCCUGCUGGGGGGCGGAGGGCGCAGCAUGAGCUUGCCGUCGGAGGCGGCGGGCGGCAGCGUGGCGAUGGAGGCCGGGGAGACGGAUGGGAUUGAGGUAGACAGCUGA